UGGAACCUCGCACGGCGCCGGGACCUAAAAUGGCGGCGGCGCGCCCGCCCCCGCCCCUUCCGCGGGCGCCAUAGAGACGGGGCGGGCAGAGCGGCCUCCCCUCGGCGCCGCUCUGUACGCGGGCGCAGCCCCGGCUCGCUGGUGUGGGCGGGGAGGCGCUGCCGCGGCAUGGCGGGCGAGGGCGACUCUGAGCCGGAGAAGCCCUUUAAACUCCUGGGAUUUCUCGAUGUUAAAAAUAUCCCGUGUGCACGAGACUCAGUGCUCUAUGGCUCCUUGGGGUCUUUAGUUAUGGGUCUUGGACAUUUUUUAGCAACUAGUAGAGUUAGAAGAUCUUGUGAUGUUGCAGUUGGUAGCUAUAUUUGCACAAUGUUAGGAUACUGGUUUUACUGCAGGUACAACUUGGCCCAGCAAAGGAUCCGGCAAAGAAUGCUUAAAGAAGGAAUGAAAAACAGAAUGCUAUUUGAAGGCAGUUAUCUUGAUCCAGAAAAGAAAAAAACUGGCAGUGAAAGAAGUGAUUCAUAGGUUGCUCUGGAAGAGUUGUGGUUUAAUACAUCUUUGGGAAAAGGUGGUCCAAAAAAAAGUCAGUCUACACUGCAAGCCUGUGAGGUGUCUAAAACUGGUAAAUCAUUAUUUUCCUGGCAAAUGUGAGCAGGAAAUUCAUAGUGAAUCUGUUAAGUCGGUACAAGCCUUGCUUUGUUUAAUAUAUGUAUGUAUGUGACUGCACACAUUUGAAAUGACGUCUGUUGCAGAAGAUAGAUAAAUAUGAUUAUCCAUAAAUAACACAGCCAGGAUGAGAACAGUUCUCCCAGCUAGCCAGACAAUGCCCCUGCCUACAAAUGGGUCCAGGGGUCAAGUGGACUGUUCCAUCCCCCAAAAGAUGUAUGGUUCACCCUGCACCUGUACCCUUCCCUAAAACAUCAAGUGCCUGUAACCCCAUUGGCCCGAGCCUUGUUCCAGCCCACCUUGAAGCUCCUUGAAAACGGGGCUUCGAGGGGCCACACGGUCUCUUGGAACUCCCUCCCCUCUCUUGGAACUCCCCCUUUCCUUGAGCAUCCUUUUGUCUCUCUCCUCCCCCACCCUCUCAAGCCCUGCCACGUGCUGCGUCUGGGAGCACGAGGCAGGACCUUCCUGCGUCCCCAAUAAACCUGAUCCCCCAAGAGCAGCCUUGAGAGAUCUCGUCAUCAUUCACACAAACCGUCCUGGAGAGGCAGCAAUUUUCUACAGACGUCCUGUUAAACAUCUGGGAGCUGGUGUCUUCUCUUCAGGGUCUUAGAGGAGUAACAACAGUGAUUUGGGGCUGCUUUAACUUUCAUUAUAAACAGAGUGUGGUUUGUUUUAACAGAGUUGUAAUUACAUCUCAUUUAAAUAUAGGAAAAUAUUUCCAUCACCUGUUGAGUAAAUGCGUCCUUCAGUGCUAUUGUUAACAAUGCUGUUUGUAAAACAGGAAUAUUUAAACAGUAGGAGAAGGCUUUGCUUGUGCAAAGUGGGUGACAAUCAGCAGCCUUUGUAAGAUUGCAGCUGCAGGAUAACCAGAUUACAUAUGCUGUGAAGCUGCAGGAUUUCCAUCUUUCUUUGAAACUAUGAAUAAAAUCACACUUCAGAGCAGUCUAAACUACGUAACUAAAUAAUUUAUAUUUUUUUACUUCAUUAAAAAUCUUGCGAUUUAAGACAUUUCCCUACUGUUUGUGGAAUUAUAAUCUACAUUAUUUGUAAGAAGCAAUGUUUGUUUUUUCUUUCUUUAUUUUCUUUAAAGGCAUGUUCUACAAUGAUUUUUCAGUUAAAAGAAAUAUCAGCACAUAAUGUCAAGGAAACCAUCUUAUUUGGAAAUACAGUGUUAGGUCUAAGAGCAUCUUGGUAAAAGGAUGAGUGAUGACAUCACUCGCUUCUGCCUGCACAAGUGACACAAUGUUUUUAUUUUUUCAUAUAAUGAUUUAUAGUUUAUUAUGCUGUAAGCACUUUCUGGUCUAAAGGCAUGUCACCAAGCAAAAACAGUCCUUUUCCCCACCCUGUA